AACGGUUCAUAACACUCCUAGUUCCCUUUAUAAACUUCGCGAAAAAACCCUAGAAAAACCAUACCGCUUCCACCGUCUUCAUCUCAGCUGCCUCCGACGCUCUUCCUCCCUCGCUGCCGGCCGGAAUUUCCUGUUAACCUCGCGAAAAUGGUUCUUCCAAAUGAUGUUGACUUGUUGAACCCACCAGCUGAGCAUGAGAAGAGAAAGCACAAGCUCAAGCGUUUGGUUCAAUCUCCUAACUCUUUCUUCAUGGAUGUGAAGUGCCAGGGUUGCUUCAACAUAACAACGGUGUUCAGCCACUCGCAGACUGUUGUGGUGUGCGGUAACUGCCAGACCGUCUUGUGCCAGCCUACUGGUGGGCGUGCUAGACUCACCGAGGGUUGUUCUUUCAGGAGAAAGGGAGAUUAGAGAACAGAAGUGAUAAAGUUAAUAUGGGUGACAAAUUAAGUUUUGGUGUAAUCCUGUUUUUGUUUUAGAACAAAGGAUUUUGGAUUUACAAUGACUUGUUAUGUUAUGUUUUUCAAUUAAAUUGGGUUUCAAUUCACUCUGGAUUUUGAAUUUAUGCUAUGUAUUAGCUCUUUGUUGUGCCUCA